AUGUCCAAACAAUCCUCCCAGCGCCUUCCAGCGCCCUCCCUAUUCGUCGGCCCACCCUCCCACAACGCCAGCAACGUCUCUCUCACACGCGCAAAUACCGAUACCUCGCAACAAACCUCUCGCAACGUCCCUUCCUCCGCUAUCCCAAACCCUUCCUCACCAUCUCUAAACUCUUCUUCGUUGUCGAGAUCCAAUACUGCUGCGUCACGACAACAAAAUGCCAAUCCUUUGUCAAGGCAGAAUACGAAUUUGGGGACUGCAGUGUUAGAUGCCCAUUGGGCAGCCCUCCAAUCCACCCUUUCCGAUAUCGAGUUGAGCGCUGGGUCUUCAGCACACGUGUUUGGCACUGGGCAUGCCAAAGCACUAGAAGAAUUGCGAGCAGCACAAGUAGAACUCGCACGCGCAUGGGGCCAAACAGAUUCCGAAGAUACGUCCACUUUACCAACCAAAGAAGUCAAACCACCAGACACCACAACAGCGCAAAGAAAUAGUAAAGACAACAGCAACACCAAAGACAAAGAAGAUAAACAUCAAAGCAACAAAGAGCAAGAGAAACAAGCAGAGCAGAAUGAGCGAAAGCUAUCUACAGCCACGACACUGGAUCUGACAUCUGCGGCUAGAAGGAGAGAGGCGAGUGAUAAGUACUUUGCAGCCGUGAAAGAAGGUGUUGCUGAGGUGGUUAGGAAGUUGGACGGGGUUGCUGAUGCGAUGAGGGAGGUGGAGAUGCAGAGCAGGGAUAUUUGGGGUGAUGAUGGCAAGGAUAGUAGUGAGAUGACGGACAGUGAGUUUGGGAGUUUGAGUUCUUAG